CACCUCAUGCGAGACAUAGAGACAAAGAGAGGGAUCUUAUUGGUGGAGAGCAGCGGUGACCAGCCUAUAAAUACCCAUUAAAGCUUAAAGCGCAGACCAGAGCCACUGUAGGCACCGGAGGGUACAGGUGUCAGUCCGCUGCCAGUAGAUGCAUUUACCUGGACUCAGACAGUAUCACACCAGAUCAGAUCAGACCAGUAUGUCUCUGUCAGGACGUCCCAACACGGUCCGGCUGGUGUUCCUUGGUGCAGCCGGGGUCGGUAAGAGCUCGCUCAUCCACCGUUUCCUCCACAACCGCUUCGAGCACAAAUACACGCGCACAGUGGAGGAGCUUCACGUGCUGGAGUACGACACUGCGGGGUCUGGGAAGAUGCGUCUGGAGAUCCUGGACACGAGCGGGAGCUACCCCUUCCCGGCCAUGCGGGAGCUCUGCAUCCGACACAGUGACGCAUUCGCCCUCGUGUACGCGGUGGACGACCCCGGGUCCCUCGAGGAGGUGCGACGGCUCCGCGACGAGAUCCUGGAGCUGCGGGGCUGUAAGGGCGCCCCCAUCACCGUGGUUGGCAGCAAGGCAGACCUGACCGAGACCGAGGGUCGUGUGCUGCUGACUGCAAAUGUCAUGGCCACGGUGGAGGGUGAGUGGGACGCCAACUUCGUGGAGGCGUCCGCGCGCACCGGUGCCAACACGGUGGGAGUGUUUCGCGCGCUGCUGCAACAGGUGAACCUGCCGCACCGGCUGAGCCCCGCGGUGUGGAGGCGCAGCAACACCAUGCCCAGACCAGCUGUGAAGAAAAGACCACCACUGAAGAAGAACAACAGCUGUGUCCUGUCAUAGAAACAUUUUCUCUGUUUGACGAUGGGCUCUGCAGCUGGACUGCGCGUGUUCAGGUGUUGCUGGUCAUCACAGUACUUACCUGUACUAAGUCCUACUAAGUUGGACGGAAGAUCACCCUGUGAACUUAUAUAUGGGAUGCACUUUAUACAUUUUUUUUAAAUCCCGUGUCAAUAAAAUAUUUUUGUGAUUUUUUUG